AUGCAAGCCACAAACAAGAAGAAACGACUCUCUGUUAGCUUCUCUGAUGUUAUCAGAUAUAGCGACAACAGCAUUGGAUAUAUCGAGUUUGAGGAUGAUGAUAUUGUUUCGACGUGCAGUGAUGACGAAUCCAAGGAGGAAAAACAAGAAUACUGGAACCCGAAGCCGCAUCCUCCUCCGUCUCUUCCAUCUUAUCGACACUCACUUCUAAACAGUGAACCCAUCAGUAUAGCAAACAAACUUGCUCCAAUCCUUCCGCAACGUCGAAUGGUCCUGGAGCUUAACUUGGACCAGAUGUUGGGCGCUGACGAUGACUCAAUUUUUAAUUCUCCGCAUCGUCAUCCUGUGGACUUCCCAGGAAGAUCCUUGGAUAGCAUGAUGUCACGCGCUGUGAUGCUUGGGAGGAAUACUCACUGGCUCCAGCUUUUGUCAGAUGGUGAUGACGCAUCUCCUCCAGUGAUGCCCAAGCGUCAACUUUCUGGCGACAGCGUUGAAAUGCUUUCAACACCACCCACGAGUCGUGGUAGUGUCAAUUUUACGGAAUGCAACCUAUCGCCGUGUGGCCGUAAUGCUUCCCGAUGGCAAUGCAAUGUACCGCCACCGCCUUUAUUCGAAUAG